GGCGCAGACAGAGAACCAAUAAAGUAACAUUAUCAUCUCCAUGCGGGACAGACCAAGCUCCUCCAAGGGAAGUAUUUAACUGAAGCCGGAUCUCCCGCUCCAUUUUCCCAGCCGACUCCUUCCUGGCCAUGCCGUGCGUCAUUACCGCUGCGUCUUCUCAUUGGCCGGAGGACAGGUGAUGGCGCCUGCGCGCUGCAUUCCUUUGAGGGUCGUAGGCAGACGCCAUUUUGGCUCCAGAAGUGCUUCUGGGAAGUAGAGCGCAGACCCGCAGGCCUGCCCGUCUGCUGGGUAGGGCCUCUUCUGCCGUGCUUGUAGGUAGAAGUGGCGUCUGUCGCUGCUGUUGUCUUACUCUCCGCGCUCGCCAAAUCCUCUAGCGGGCGGGAGCCUCUGAGCACCCGGCCGCUCCGUCGGAGUCACACCGCGGGGAAGGAGGUGACGAGGGCGGCGCGGGGCGCGGACACUCCCCGCCGAGAGCCCGCCUGCCAUGGACUCGGAGUAUUACAGCGGCGACCAGUCAGAUGAUGGUGGCGCUACCCCAGUACAGGAUGAACGGGAUUCAGGGUCAGACGUUGAGGAUGAUGUAAAUGAGCAGCACUCUGGAUCAGACACUGGAAGUGUAGAACGUCACUCAGAGAAUGAACGUAGUGAUCGAGAAGAUGGCCUCAACAAAAGACAUCAUGUGACAGACUCUGAGAAUGAUGACCCCUCAAAUCUUAAUGCUAGUGACUCUGAAAGUGAGGAGCUUCAAAGACAAAAAGACAGUGACUCUGAAUCUGAAGAGCAUGCAGGGCCUCCUGCAAGUGAUUCUGAAAAUGAGGAUACCAAUCACCAUGGGAGUGACUCUGAGAGUGAGGAGAUCAGGAAAUUACCUGUUAGUGACUCUGAAAAUGAGGAACUUCUUAAUGGGCAUGCAAGUGACUCGGAAAAUGAAGGUGUUAGAAAGCAUCCUGCCAGUGAUUCAGAGAUUGAAGAGCUCCGAAAAAGUCCUGCCAGUGACUCUGAAACAGAGGAUGCUCUAAAACCUCAAAUCAGUGACUCUGAGAGUGAGGAACCCCCAAGACACCAAGCCAGUGACUCUGAAAAUGAGGAGCUUCCCAAACCGCGAAUUAGUGAUUCUGAAAGUGAGGAGCUUCCUAAACCUCGGAUCAGUGACUCGGAAAGUGAGGAGCCUCCGAGGACUCAGGCCAGUGACUCUGAAAAUGAGGAGCUUCCCAAACCCCGUAUCAGUGACUCAGAAAGUGAGGAUCCACCAAAGCACCAAGCCAGUGACUCGGAAAAUGAGGAGCUUCCCAAACCCCGUAUCAGUGACUCGGAAAAUGAGGAUCCCCCAAGGCACCAAGCCAGUGACUCUGAAAAUGAGGAGCUUCCCAAACCCCGAAUUAGUGAUUCAGAAAGUGAGGACCCUCCAAGGAACCAGGCCAGUGAUUCUGAAAAUGAGGCGCUUCCCAAACCCCGAGUCAGUGACUCUGAGAGUGAGGAGCCUCAGAAGGGACCUGCCAGUGAUUCAGAACCUGAGGAUGCCGCCAGACACAAACAGAAGCCAGGGUCGGAAGAUGAUAGUGAUGGGGAGAAUAAGGGAGAGGGCACAGAAAUGCAAAAUGACUCCUUUCGUUCAGAUAGCCAUAUAGACAGGAAAAGCUUUCACAGUUCUGACAGCGAGGAGGAAGAACCCAAAAGGCCAAAAAUUGACAGUGAUGAAGAUGAAGAGAAAGAGGGGGAGGAGGAGAAAGGAGCAAAGCGAAAAGCUGCUGUGCUUUCUGAUAGUGAAGAUGAAGAGAAAGCAUCAGCAAAGAAGAGUCGUGUUGUCUCUGAUGCAGAUGACUCUGACAGUGAUGUUAUAUCAGACAAAUCAGGCAAAAGAGAGAAGACUGUAGCAUCUGACAGUGAAGACGAAGCAGGGAAAGAAGAAUUAUCUGAUAAGAAAAAUGAAGAGAAGGAUCUGUUUGGGAGUGAUAGUGAGUCAGGAAAUGAAGAAGAAAAUCUUAUUGCAGACAUAUUUGGAGAAUCUGGUGAUGAAGAGGAAGAAGAAUUUACAGGUUUUAACCAAGAAGAUUUGGAAGAAGAAAAAAGUGAAACACAGGUAAAAGAAGCAGAAGAUUCAGAUUCUGAUGAUAACAUAAAGAGAGGAAAACAUAUGGACUUUCUGUCGGAUUUUGAGAUGAUGUUGCAGCGGAAAAAGAGUAUGAGUGGCAAGCGCAGACGUAACCGCGAUGGUGGAACUUUUAUUAGUGAUGCCGACGACGUUGUGAGCGCCAUGAUUGUCAAGAUGAAUGAAGCUGCUGAGGAAGACAGACAGUUGAACAAUCAAAAAAAGCCAGCACUGAAAAAAUUAACAUUAUUACCUACUGUGGUUAUGCACCUUAAGAAGCAGGACCUUAAAGAAACAUUUAUUGACAGUGGUGUGAUGUCUGCCAUCAAAGAAUGGCUCUCACCUCUACCAGAUAGGAGUUUGCCAGCACUAAAGAUUCGAGAGGAGCUGUUGAAGAUUCUGCAAGAGCUACCUAGUGUGAGCCAGGAAACCCUGAAGCAUAGUGGUAUUGGACGAGCAGUGAUGUAUCUCUAUAAACACCCCAAGGAAUCAAGGUCCAACAAGGACAUGGCAGGGAAAUUAAUCAAUGAAUGGUCUCGGCCUAUAUUUGGUCUUACCUCAAACUACAAAGGAAUGACAAGAGAAGAAAGGGAGCAGAGAGAUCUAGAACAAAUGCCUCAACGACGAAGAAUGAGCAGCACUGGUGGUCAGACACCCCGAAGAGACCUGGAAAAGGUGCUGACAGGAGAGGAGAAGGCCCUUAGACCUGGAGAUCCCGGCUUCUGUGCCCGUGCGAGGGUCCCCAUGCCCUCGAACAAGGACUAUGUUGUCAGGCCCAAGUGGAAUGUGGAAAUGGAGUCAUCCAGGCCUGGUAUUCUUAAAAAGGGCCUGAGUCGAUUGGAAAAGCAUAAGAGGCGAUUUGCAGAACAGAAACGACUCAGCAGAGUGCACCGUGCUGUCAAGUUCAGCAUUGAAGGCAACAGGAUGCCCCUAUAGGCCUGGCCCUACCAGACUGUAUCCAGGAGGUAUCCCCAAGGAAGCAUGCUCUGUGCAUGGGCUUGAACUGUCAGCAGCUAGAGGAAAAAACAAGUGUGUGUGUGCUUUCUUAACCAAGGAAGGCCAAGUCCACUCUUAGUAUCUGAAAUAAUGGUCCUAACAGGCAGUUAAUGACAUUCAAGUCCUCUUGAAUAUUGGAAAUUGAUGUGGAAGUCCCUUCCUUUAUCACUACCCUAGAGACUAAUAGAUAAUUACUUCCCUGAUAAGCAUUUUGGUCUUCCUGACUGGUACCCAUUUUUAUUAAAAAGGCUUUUAAGACCCAGAAUCAUGUUGGUCUGCAUUACAGGCGUUAUCAACUGGUUAGUAGCUUCUUGGUGGAAGAGUGGUGGCUUCUUUUCCUAUUGUCAGUGGCUCAGCAACAUGCAUGUGAGGACUCGUUGCAUAAAGCCUUACACUGAAUAUUUAGGAGAUAAAUUUGAUUAAUACUAUUCAGUGCCUGGUCAGAAAUGAAAGGGACUUUGGAAUGUUCUUAAAGCCAGACUCGCUGACCUGCUGUGCUCUGAGAUUGAUAGUGGCACCUUUGUUGCAGGGUUCUCUUCAGAGUCUGACUGUGUUGCCUUCCUUUUAUGACUUCUCCGUGACCCCUGCUGUGGCAGCUGUUUGCGCGGACGGCGCUCACCUUCCUGCCAGUUCAUUGUGCUGUUAAGCUGGUAUCGAGGCACAGCGCACUUUCUUAUUUGUUGGGAAUUAGUGAAGGCUGGAAGAGCACUAGUUCAGUGCCGGGGACAACUUCACCAGUGCUUCCUUCCCCUUUUUCUUACUUCUGUCUUUAUCCGUGUCCCCUGAUACCCUUUCUGCCCUCCAACCACCCCUGUUUCUUUUUACCUUUGCUUUUUUCACUCUCUUCCCACUUUUUAGCUCUCUCUUGCGUAAUAUUUUUUUCUUCCCCAGCACACUUAUAUUUGAGAAUUGAGAACGACGAUAUGGCAAAGAAAAUGUAAUAAAAAAUCUUAGCGGGCAGGCUACUCUGGAAGCAUACCUUGUGUCCUGAAAGGCACGUGCUUGUGUUGCUGGUUCUGAUCCCACCCACCCUGUAAGUGGUGGGGAGGUGGGAAGAGGUGGCCCCACCUCCUGCAGGAGCAGAGACAUGACUAGCAUGAGGAGUGGGAAAUUCAAGUAGAGUUCCUUUCCUUCAUCCCCAACACUCCCAAGAUCAUGAUGUGCUGGUAUUUAUCUAGGCCUGAGUCUGACUUACAGAGCUCUGUCAAAAAAAAAUAAGGCAUGUUUUGGGGGCUGGUGGUCGCAUGUUACAUUUCACUGUAUUGUCCUUAAACCACCUGACACUAUUUCCCUGUUCAGGAAGAUUCCUUACAUAUUCACCCAGGGCUUCCACAUUGCACAGACACUAAUGAGUAUUAUUAGAAAACAUAUUUUCCAGGAAGAAAAUUGGAGUGAGUAAAUGGCUUUCAAAUGAAAGUCUUUGUUUUAAAUGUCAUUUUUAUUUUUAGAAUUACAUAAUAUAAAACACUACAGAAUAACCCUGUUUCCUAAGUUCUGCUCUUCCUGUAAGUCACCACUGUUAACAGUUUGAUGUGUUAAAUGUAUUUCCAGUAAUGCUUCAAAUUUAGUUUUUUCUGGUUAUCAUUGUAGAAAAAUUUGAGAUUAUAAAGAGAAAAA